GUGAAUACAAACAAAUGAUCGUACUUUGCAGUGCAUUUAACGCUAAUUUGGUUUCCGCUGAUUAUAAAAAUAAAUUAUGAUCAGUAGUGAUUUCAUUUAAUAACGAAAAUAAUUUUUAUCUAAAUUAUAUAUAUUCAUGCAACGGUGUUAUGUAAUAAAUAUAUCAUUAAUGAAUGAAUGUCCUGUCAAGAAUUUUCAGAAAUAUUUAUGGGAACUUGAAGUGUUACAAUACAAUACUGAAUGAUCUUGCAACCUGUAAAAAUUGUAUCUCCGUUGUAUCUUGCGUAGAGAAUUUCAUCAUGGCCAACAAUCGUUAUUGUGUAGAUCUUGCAAAGCGUGGGGUUGCUGGAUGCAAAAACUGCAAUGUUAAAAUUGAUAAAGGAUUAGUUCGAAUUGCAAAAAUAAUUCCCAAUCCUUUUACUGAAAGUGGAGGAGAUAUGAAACAAUGGUUUCAUGUUCGAUGCAUAUUUGAGAAGCUUUCAAGAGCACGGGCUACAACAAAGAAAAUUGAAGGUCCUGAUGAUCUUGAAGGCUGGGAUCAGCUCAGUGAUGAACACAGAGAAGAGGUUUUGAAGUGCUUAUCAGAGUUUUCUUCAAAUUCAACUCCUAAGAAAAAUCUAAAGAAAACGCCUACAAAAUCUGUUGAGAAGUCUUUUGACUCUCCUACUAUCCCUGAUAAGCCACAGAGUCCAUCAAAAGAUGAUACUUUAAGAGAAUUUCGAAAAGUAUGUUCAAAAAUUGCUGAAGAACCAAGUUACAAGAAUAAAACUGCCAUUUUGUCUGACUUCUUUUCUAAAGGAUCUGAUGGUGAAAGUUUCAAAGGAGAUUUGUUCUUAUGGGUUAAGUUGCUGCUUCCAAAUGUUGGCAAGAGAGUUUACAACUUACAAAGUAAACAAUUGGUUAAACUAUUCAGUGAGAUAUUUAGUGUAUCAUAUGAAGAAAUGCUUGAAGAUUUAGAACAGGGAGAUGUUGCUGAAACAAUCAAAGUUUUUUUCGAGUCUUCAAAGUCUUUUCUACCCGAAAGCAAAAGCACUCUCACAUUGCAAGAAGUUGAUUCAUAUUUAGAUCAACUUACAAGAGUUUCCAAAGAAAUGGAGCAAUCCCAAAUUUUAACCAAAGUUGCAAAAAGGUGUACAGGAAAUGAUUUAAAGAUGUUUAUUCGUUUUAUCAAACAUGAUCUUCGGAUAAAUGCUGGCCCUAAACCAAUUUUGGAUGCCAUUAAUCCUUCAGCAUAUGCUGCUUUUCAAGCUUUGUCUAAUCUGGAAGAUGUUAUAAGACGUGCUAUUGAGAAUAACAGUGGUGGAAGCUCUCAAAAGCAGUUAACUAUUGAGUCAUCGUUAAUGACACCUGUGUUACCGAUGUUGGCCAUGAUUUGCAAAUCUGUUGAUGAAGCUUUUAAAAGAUGUCCUAAUGGAUUGUAUGUGGAGAUCAAAUAUGAUGGGGAAAGAAUUCAGGUUCAUAAAAAAGGAACGGAAUUUAGUUACUUCAGUCGUAGUUUAAAGCCUGUAAUGCAACAUAAGGUGCAGCAUCUGAAGAAUUACAUACCAAAAGCUUUUCCUCAUGGAAAUAAUUUAAUUCUUGAUGCUGAAAUUUUACUUGUAAGUAAUGAUGGUAAACCCUUACCUUUUGGAACUCUGGGUGCACACAAGAAAACUGCAUUUAAAGAUGCAUCUGUCUGCUUAUUUGUUUUUGACUGCUUGCAGUUUAAUGAUGAAAAUUUAAUGCAAAAACCCUUGUACCAAAGAAGGAAAUUAUUAGAAAAAAACAUGACACCUGUAAAAAACCAUAUAAUGUUUUCAGAAAUAAAGGAAGUUACAGAUCCCAAAGUACUGAAGUCUCUUAUUACAUCUGUUAAGAAGCAAGGCUUAGAAGGGAUUGUUGUGAAAGAUAAAUGUGGUGUUUAUGAACCUGGGAAAAGACACUGGUUAAAAAUUAAAAAGGAUUAUUCAGAAGAAGCUGGCAUGAUUGAUAGUGCUGAUUUGGUUGUUCUGGGAGCAUACUAUGGCACUGGACAGAAUGGUGGUCUCAUGUCUAUAUUUUUGAUGGGAUGUCUCAAUAAAUUGACUGGCAAGUGGUGUACAGUAACAAAAGCUCGAGGUUUUGAUGAUGAAACACUUGAGAGGUUGCAAACAGAACUGGAUAUGAUAAAAAUAAGCAAAGAUCCAUCAAAAGUUCCUUCGUGGCUGAAUGUCAGCAGCUCCCUCAUUCCAGAUUUUGUAUCAGCUAAUCCCAAGAAGUCUCCAGUUUGGGAAAUAACUGGUGAUGAAUUUUCCAAAGCAGAAGUUCAUACUGCUAAUGGAAUUUCUAUCCGCUUCCCUCGAGUUACCCGCAUAAGGAAUGAUAAAACAUGGGAAACUGCAACUAGUCUACAAGAACUGGAGGAAAUAUAUGCUGCAUCUAAAGAAACAACUGAUUUGAUUGGUUUGGUGACGAUGAAGAAGAAUAAGAGUGAUGAUGAUGAUGAUGAUAAUGAUGGUACAAAAAAUGGAACGACUUAUAUAUGUGAUAAAAGCAGUAGUUCUUCAAGUCAGACUCCAAGUCCUAAAAAUGGGAAAAAUAAGAGAAAUUGUGAAGUAAGAAGUCCAAGUUCUAAAGAAUCUAUUUCAUUUGUUAAAAAGGCAAAAUUAAAUGUGUAUACUAAAGAGCCUGCAUGUAAAACAGUAUCAGAGAAGGAAGUGCUGCCUAAUAUAUUUACAGGAGUCAAACUUUUCAUUCCACAGGAUUUGGAUAAAUCAGACAUUCUGCGACGUUACUUUAUAGCAUAUGAUGGCAUCCUUUUAAAAGAAAAUGAAAAGAAUGAAGCUAAUUACGUAAUAUUGACCCCCAGCCUAACCGAAAGUAAAGCAUUAAAAAAUGCCAAGAAGGUUACGGAAGAUUGGAUUUGGGACUGUAUAAAGCUUCAAAAACGACUUCCUGCUGACUUGUACAAACCAAAGGCCUCUUGAUAUUUCUUUUGAGACUGUUUGAAGACUAUGUGUAUUGGCAAAGACAUUUAUAUUCAUAAACUUGUACAAAGGCUUUCAAUAUUCUUGAAAAUAAAGAUAAAUUUUGUUAUA